AUGGCUUUCUUCAUGAAAACUAUGAUAAGUAACCAGGUAAAGAAUUUAGGAUUCGGUGGCGGGUCUGAAGAAAAAAAAGAAGAAGGAGGCACAUCGGAUCCUGCAGCAGCUCAAGGGAUGACUAGAGAGGAGUAUGAGGAAUAUCAGAAGCAAAUGAUUGAGGAGAAGAUGGAAAGAGAUGCUGCAUUUACACAAAAAAAGGCAGAGAGGGCAUGCCUCAGAGUUCAUCUCAGAGAAAAGUACAGACUCCCGAAGAGUGAAAUGGACGAGAACCAAAUCCAGAUGGCUGGAGACGAUGUAGACUUGCCCGAAGAUCUCCGGAAAAUGGUAGAUGAAGAUCAAGAAGAGGAAGAAGACAAGGAUUCUAUUCUUGGGCAUUUACAGAAUCUCCAGAACAUGGACUUGGAUACCAUAAAAGAAAAAGCCCAGGCCACCUUCACGGAAAUGAAGCAGACGGCAGAGCAGAAAUGUUCUGUGAUGUGAGGGGCCAGGUGGGCUGGAGGAAGGAAGAGCGUCAAGAUGGAGGUGACCACUCUCCUGAGGAGCAUUUCCAGCAGCGUAUACUUAAACAUAAUGAACACAGAACAAGCAUGAUGAGAAAGCUCUCCAGAAAGUAGACAACAACUUGAUGUUCUAAAUGUUCCUGGUAGAGCGCUUAGCUAGCACCUUGCAGUAGGAAACAUACUUUCCUUUUAGUUACCAAUGUGGCUCAGUGUGAAAUUUCAUCUGUGAGUGACAGAGAACACAUUCCUGCUUGAAGAUCUUCAGGACAGCCUCGAAGAAACGAAAGCAAAAGGCAUUUCCUCUCUGACUUCCUUUCUUAAAGAGCAAGGUCUCACCCUCUCUAACCGUUAGCAUGACUCCAGGUCCCUUGGAAAAAGAUGUGGGAGGUCAGGGAGCCCACUGGGAACCCAGGCUGCAGUUCAAGGGCAAGCAAAGAUCACACUGACUCUCACUCCUGGGCACCUUGACAUGGCUGAUACUCGAGUCCCCAUCAGGUUUGGCACUUGGACAGUUCAAGGCCAAGGGGCAGUGGCGGGGAUAUGAUGAGAAAUGAAGAUGAGGAAUGAAGACAGAGAAUGGACUUCACCAGCCCUUGGCAUCAUUCUAGAGGCCAUGUGAAGAAUGGAUUGAGGGGGUGACCAUAGAGGCGGGGCAACUAGGAAGGCUAUGGCUCUUUCCACGUUCAGCAUCAUCACCUGUCAUCUGUUGGUGAUUGCCAUGGCAACAAAGCAGGUGGACAAAUAAAGAGCAUUGAGAAG